AUGGCUUUGAGACUAACGACUCUCUUGUCUGUCCUUUUCUCUUUGCUGGCCUUUGUGGCAGCAGUCUCCAUUCCCAAGACAGACUACGAUGUCAUUGUGGUUGGCGGGGGCCCCUCGGGUCUCAGUGCGUUGAGCGCCGUCUCUCGGGUCCGGAGAACCGCACUGUUGUUUGACAGCGGAGAGUACCGCAAUGCUCCGACACGCAAUAUGCACGAUGUUAUUGGAAACGAUGGUACUCCACCUGCUGAGUUCCGUGGACUGGCUCGCGAGCAGAUUCUCAAAUACCCCACGGCUCACAUCAAGAAUGCGACUGUGAAGUCAAUCACCCCCAUUGGAACUGAGGAUGUCUCUGUAUUCUCGGUUGUCGACGAGUCAGGCAAGAACUAUACCGCUCGUAAGAUUGUCUUGGGCACUGGCAUGCGCGAUGUGCUUCCCUCAACCCCCGGCCUAGAGGAGGGCUGGGGCAAAGGGAUCUUCUGGUGCCCGUGGUGUGAUGGCUAUGAGCACCGUGAUCAGCCGUUCGGUAUCCUCGGCAACCUUUCUGAUGUCCUGGGCAGCGUGCUAGAGGUGAAUACACAAUUCUCCGAUAUCAUUGCCUUUGUGAACGGCACCCAAACACCCGCCGGAGAAGCCCAGGCGACUGCUUCGCACACCGACUGGGAGGAGCAGCUGAAGGCUUGGAACAUCAAGAUCGAGAACCGCACCAUUGCAUCCAUUGAGCGUAUCCAGGAUGGUGAGACUCAUCAGAACAAGACGGCCGAUCUCCAGUUUGAUAAAUUCCUGAUUCACUUCACUACUGGCGAUCCCAUUGAGCGUAACGCUUUUAUCACCAACUUCCCCUCAGUACAACGCUCUUCGCUACCUAAUGACAUGCAUUUGAAUGUGUCCAGCGAAAAGAUCAUUGUCGACACAAGUGGCAUGCGUACAAACCUGACCGGUGUCUACGCCGUCGGCGAUGCCAACAGCGACGGCAGCACCAACGUUCCUCAUGCCAUGUUCUCCGGCAAGAAGGCCGGAGUCUACCUUCACGUUCAAAUGUCACGCGAGGACUCGGCCUCCAAGAUCUCGAAGCGAACUGGCCUCACUCAGCGGGAGUUGGAAAAGGAGGCCAACCGUGCUAUUGGCCGCAACCUUGAACCGCAGUGGGAGAAGGUCCAGAAGCGUAAUUAA